UGCGGAGGGGAGGCUGCCGAGCGAGGGCAGGAGGAAUACUUCCCAGCACCUCAGCCUCCUGCCAUGUCUGACCCCAUCACAUUGAAUGUUGGGGGGAAGCUCUACACAACCUCCCUGGCUACGCUGACCAGCUUCCCUGACUCCAUGCUGGGUGCCAUGUUCAGUGGGAAGAUGCCCACCAAGAGGGACAGCCAGGGCAACUGCUUCAUUGACCGUGAUGGCAAAGUGUUCCGUUACAUCCUCAACUUCCUGCGGACCUCGCACCUGGACCUGCCUGAAGACUUCCAGGAGAUGGGCCUGCUCCGCCGGGAAGCUGACUUCUACCAGGUGCAGCCCCUGAUCGAGGCCUUGCAGGAGAAGGAGAUAGAGCUCUCCAAGGCGGAGAAGAACGCCAUGCUCAACAUCACACUUAAGAAGCGUGUCCAGACGGUCCACUUCACUGUACGCGAGGCACCCCAGAUCUACAGCCUGUCAUCCUCCAGCAUGGAGGUCUUCAAUGCCAACAUCUUCAGUACCUCCUGCCUCUUCCUUAAGCUCCUGGGCUCCAAGCUUUUCUACUGUUCCAAUGGCAAUCUCUCCUCCAUCACCAGUCAUUUGCAGGACCCCAACCAUCUGACCCUGGACUGGGUGGCCACAGUAGAGGGCCUGCCAGAGGAAGAGUACACCAAGCAGAAUCUCAAGAGGCUGUGGGUGGUGCCUGCAAACAAGCAGAUCAAUAGCUUCCAGGUGUUUGUGGAGGAAGUGCUGAAAAUUGCCCUGAGUGACGGCUUCUGCAUCGAUUCUUCUCACCCCCAUGCUCUGGAUUUCAUGAAUAAUAAGAUUAUUCGAUUGAUACGGUACAGGUAAAAGAACCUCAGUAACACCAGAGUUGGGAGGUCCCAGGAAACUGCAUGCCAGCUGAAGGCUUGCAGUGUCUCACCAAUGAUGUGAGACAGGGGACUCUACUAAUCUUCAUUCAUUACAUAGCAGGACUUGAUUAUCCCCAGGAUGAAAUCCACCUUUUGGAAUUCACAUGUCCUCUAACCAGAGCCACCUUCUUUCUUGCCAUUUUGAGCCAGAGAUUGACAGUUCAUGACAAGGGAAGAGUCCACUGAGGUCCACUGGAGGAGGCCCCCAGAGGACUUUCUGGCCAGGAUGAAGGAGCAGCAGUUUCCUCAUGGGCUCUAACUCUCUCUCCUACCAGCCAUGCCCCAUUUACCCAUCUGCAAACAGGGUUUCUGCUGCAGAGGGAAUGGAGUAAGAACAAGAGGCUCCCUUCUGUUUCCCAGGACUGAAAGUACUUGGUGUCUCCUGUUGCACCUGUUCCUCCCUCCCUAGGGAUGCAUCCAAUGUCUGGAACUUGUUUACCCCGGACAGUCACAUGUGGCCAGCCUGGAAUGCAGUGUGCUCUCAGAGCUCUGCUCCUGGUCCUGCAGGAAGACAGCUGCACCAUGGUCUGGCCUGGAGGAAUGAGCAGGCUUCCAGAAGGUGGGGCCAUCCCUCUGGAUAGGCUGAACUGAGAGACUUCUGGUUGUAGAAAGGGCUUGCUGUCUCUAUGAAAAUGUGCAAGUGUCUGGAGACAAGAUAAGGAAAGGCACUUCGUCAGCCAGCCAAAUGCCCAACUUUUGUUACCCUUUCCCCAUGAUUUGAGUUAUCCGUGAAACAGGUCAAUUUAGCCGAAGUUUUUAGGAACUCUCAGGGUUGGAAGAUAACUCAGUGGUUGCUUGGUGGUCCCACGGCCCUGGCACACCCAGCACUUUCAUGCAUGCCUCUGCCUGAGCAUCUCUGAGUGAUGGCCCAGGCUUGCCUGUACACCUCUGGAGAUUGCUGUGUCCCCCAAGGAUGCAAGGUGCAACUGUUGGGAGAUUCUUCCUUAGGUUAAGCCAGAAUCUGUUCUGCCACUUCCCCAUGCUGGAUCUUGGCCAUGGCCCUGCCUUUGUAUCCACAUGUGUUUCUUUGCCUUGAAAACAGUCACUGUGAAAAGCCAGACACUUCCUCUAAAGCAUUAUUCAGAAAGCAGAUUCCCCUUUGGGAGCUGCUCUAGCAGCUCAGUUUGCUCUCUUGCACUCCUGUCCAUCAGUCCCCUGUGCUAUGCCUUCCUCAUGUGUGUGACCCUCACUGCACCCACCUUUCCCACCAACCGUGGCUCCACCUGCCUUUUAACCGCUUUCUGCCACCCCGAGGAGCUCCUGUGCAAGGAGGCAGGGUCUUGGAGGGCAGUGUGCAGUGGGGAGCACAGCAGUGGCCUACACCAUAAGCCCUCUUUUGGAGGGUAUCCAAGCCUCUCCAUCCCUGUGCCCUCCCCUGAUGCAGUCAGAAGUAGGACAGAAGUUAGGUUAUAACAAGCCAACACCCAGUGCAGGAUGAGCAGUGCAGACCUCAAACCUGCACAUAAUCAUGACUGAUCCCUGGUAUGGGCAUGGCCAGGAGUUCCAUAGUCUUCCCUGCUGGGCAGGGGUUCUCAGACAAAGCCGAGGUAGCCAGGCGGACCAAGGAAGGCGCUGUCUGUCAUUAUACCCUGAGGCAGGAGCUUGUACCCUGUGCUGUGGGCAAGACCAGGUCCCCUAGAGACUUAAUAAGGGCCUCUUCUUCCCUGCUGUGAACCCUGGAAUCUCUGAUAGCUGUCGCAGGCCCCCAUUCUCGAUGGCAUUCUAGAAAGACCUUCAAAGAGAACCUACUUUAGAUCAGACAGCAGAAGUUGCAAUCUCAACAAAACAAUCUGAGAGAAAAAAACAUAAAUCACCACUGCCCCCCUUUUUUUCUCUCUCUAAAAUGCCUCCUUUUCCAUCUCUUUGGUGCUUCCUAAUUCAAGCAGCUUGACUUUAAGAGAAAAUAUGGAGCCUGCAAAGCCACUAACCUGCUAUGUGACUUGGUGCAAGUCACUCAGCUCACUGAGCCACCCCCGUUUCUUCAUCUGUGACAUGGGCAUAGUAGUCAUACCUAACCCUACCUACCUCACAGGGCUGUUGUGA